AUGGAUUACGACGAUGGAUUGUUGUUGAAUUUUGCUACUGAUACCACUUCUCCAUCCACCACUUCAAAAAAUACAAAAACUAAAAUUGUGGGAGGAAGGUGGAAAGAUAGAAGAAAACUUAUACAAAAUUCUAAAAGAAAAUCAACUCCUAAUCUGAACAAUUAUAAAAACAAUCAAAAUUAUCAGAAGCACAAAAGAAAAAGAGAUCAAAAUGAUACAAUCAAUAGUUCUAGAAGUGCUUCACUCAAGAAACCCAAAUAUCAAGAAAAACAUGGCCAAUUUGGUGGAAAAAAUAGUUCUUUUGUUUCUUCUUUAUUUACAUCGAAAAAUAAAUCUCAAAAUCAGUUCGUUAUCCCUUCAAAUGCACCUUUGAAAAACUCCAAUUUCGAAGACUUGGGAAUAAAUUCAAAAUUGGCUAAAUAUUUAAAUGAAAAAUUGCAUUAUUCGGAACCAACAGUUAUUCAGAAAUACUCAAUUCCAAAUUUGAUUAAAAAAAAUAACAAUUUCAAAAACGAUUUAUUUAUUAAAUCUCAAACUGGUUCUGGAAAAACUUUGGCUUUUCUACUACCAAUCUUCAAUAACUUGAUGAUUCUUAAAAACCAAAUCAACAGAGAUUCUGGUUUAUUUGCCAUAAUAUUAACUCCAACAAGAGAACUUGCUUUGCAAAUCCACGCAGUUUUGGAUCGUCUUUCAAAAAUCUCUGUUAAUAUUGUUUCAACAUUUGUCAUUGGCGGUGAGAAAAAGAAAAGUGAAAAAGCCAGAUUAAGAAAGGGUAUAAAUAUACUAAUUGCUACACCUGGAAGGCUUUUAGAUCAUAUUAAAUCCACCAAAAAUUUGGAUUUAGGAUCUCUCAAGUACUUGGUUUUAGAUGAAGGUGAUAAAUUAAUGGAAUUGGGAUUUGAGCAAACUUUAACUGAAAUUAUUCAAAACAUUGAAGAACAAACGAAAAAUAAUGAAAAUUCUGCUGAACUAUUGAAUUUGUACCCCGAAUUACCGAAUAGAAGAGUUACAAUAUUAUGUUCAGCAACAUUGAAAGACAACGUCAAAAAAUUGGGAGAAAUAUCUUUAAAUAAUCCACUACUAAUCAGCAGCAAUGCAAAUGAGGAAAAUGGCAAUGGUGUUGUGACAUUCAAUAACGAUGAUACUGGUAAUGUAAAUGAGACAUUCAAUAAUAACAAAGAAAUAUCAAGUGCUCCUGAUCAAUUAUUACAGCAGGCAAUAAUUGUGCCGCCAAAAUUACGAUUAGUCUCGUUAAAUGGUAUAUUACAUAACCUUUCCUCUGAGAAUCAAAACAGUAACACUGGCUCAAGAAUAAUUGUAUUUUUGUCAUGUUCAGAUUCUGUUGAUUUUCAUUUCAAAAUUUUCUCGAGAAAUGGAAGAAAAAUUGUUCCAGCUGAAAAGAAAGAAGCCGAUAACAACAAGAGCGCCAACAAUAACUCUAACAAUGACAGUGCUGAUGAAAACGUCACCAUAUCCAGUGCUCCAUUGAUUGGUGAAAAUACAAUUGCUUAUAAAUUGCAUGGGUCACUAACUCAACAGCUAAGAUCGUUCACUCUCAACCAUUUUUCAAACCCCAAGAUCAACAGUGACAAAAAUUUGGUGUUGUUUUGCACAGACGUUGUUUCGAGAGGAUUGGACUUGCCCCUCGUGUCAACAGUUAUUGAGUAUGAUCCACCCUUCACAAUUGAAGAUCAUUUGCACAGAGUUGGAAGAACAGCAAGAGUGGGCAACCAAGGUAAUGCUAUGUUGUUUUUGUUUCCUGAGCUGGAAGAAAACUAUGUUGAGAAAAUCAAAGAGUAUCACACCAAUGGCCAAAUCCAGAAAAUCCAGUACGAUGAGAUAUUGAAGAAAGUGUAUGCUGAUCCCAACAGCAAAAGGUCGAAGUGGGACAUUGAAGCAACGACAUGGCACUUGAACGUCGAGAGAUGGUUGUUGGCUUUUCCCAGUGUUCUUGAGUUUUCCAAAAACGCCUUUAUUUCUCACAUCAGAGCCUACACCACUCACUUGAACAGCGAGAAGGACUGCUUCAACGUCAAAAAGCUACAUCUUGGGCACAUCGCCAAAAGCUUUGGCUUGAGAGAAACUCCUAAGAACAUGGGAGCUGGUGCCAACAAAUCAAACAGCAGACCCAAGAAGCCCAAAGAGUCCUCCAAAAACAAGAUGCUCAGGAUGGCCAAUUUAACUGUCAAGUCCUCGAGCAGCGAGUUUAAUUUUAUGUAG